UCUGGUUCUCCUGUCCCGCGCUGGGGUCCCGCGCCAUGAGCUCCACGCAGUUCAACAAGGGCCCGUCCUACGGGCUCUCGGCCGAGGUCAAGAACCGGCUCCUGUCCAAAUAUGACCCCCAGAAGGAAGCCGAACUCCGAAGCUGGAUAGAGGGACUCACAGGCCUCUCUAUUGGCCCUGACUUCCAGAAGGGUCUGAAAGAUGGGGUUAUCCUAUGCACACUCAUGAACAAGUUGCAGCCGGGCUCCGUCCCCAAAAUCAACCGCUCUAUGCAGAACUGGCACCAGCUAGAAAACCUCUCCAACUUCAUCAAGGCCAUGGUCAGCUAUGGCAUGAACCCUGUGGACCUGUUUGAAGCCAAUGACCUGUUCGAGAGCGGGAAUAUGACACAGGUGCAAGUGUCUCUGCUUGAGCUGGCGGGAAAGGCCAAGACCAAGGGGCUGCAGAGUGGUGUGGACAUCGGGGUCAAAUAUUCGGAGAAACAGGAGAGGAACUUUGACGAUGCCACCAUGAAGGCCGGCCAGUGUGUCAUCGGGCUGCAGAUGGACACCAACAAAUGUGCCACAUCUGGCAUGACAGCCUAUGGUACCAGGAGACAUCUCUAUGACCCCAAGAACCACAUCCUGCCUCCCAUGGACCACUGCACCAUAAGCCUCCAGAUGGGCACCAAUAAGUGUGCCAGCCAGGUGGGCAUGAUGGCUCCAGGGACCCGCAGGCACAUCUAUGACACCAAGCUGGGCACCGACAAGUGUGACAACUCUUCCAUGUCCCUGCAGAUGGGCUACACACAGGGCGCCAACCAGAGUGGCCAGGUCUUCGGACUGGGGCGGCAGAUCUAUGACCCCAAGUAUUGCCCACAGGGCUGUGCAGCUGACGGGGCUCCUGUGGGGGGUGACAGUCAAGGCGAGGCCCCUGAGUACCUGGCCUACUCUAUCACCAACAAUACGUUGUACCACAGGGGCACACUAUUACAAUCAGUCUACAUUAACAUCACUUAG